AUGGGGAAAGGAGGGGGCUGUGUUCCUAGCAAGAAAAAGCUCCCCAUAGCCACCACCACCGCCGAUGACGGCGACGACAUCCUCCCCGAAUCCACCCCGCCAGCCACCGAUAAACCCACCUCCGAAGACGACGCCACCUCAAAGGUUCUUCUGGAAACAACGAAUCGGAAGCUCAAGCUCUGGAUAGUGUUCUACUCGAUGUACGGCCACGUGGAGGGUCUGGCCCGCCGGAUGAAAGUGGGAGCCGACAGCGUGGACGGUGUCGAGGCCGUACUGUACCGGGUGCCAGAGACGCUGCCGAACGAUGUCCUAGACAAGAUGCGGGCGCCGCCCAAGGACGACUCGAUCCCAGUGAUCGGGUCGGCCGGGGACCUGGCUGGUGCGGAUGGGUUCCUGUUCGGGUUCCCGACGAGGUACGGAUGUAUGGCUGCGCAGAUGAAGGCCUUCUUUGAUUCCACAGGGCAGCUGUGGAAGGAGCAGAAGCUCGCGGGCAAGCCCGCGGGGUUCUUUGUCAGCACGGGGACUCAAGGCGGCGGCCAAGAGACCACAGCGUGGACGGCGAUCACCCAACUAGCCCAUCAUGGCAUGCUGUUUGUUCCCAUUGGCUACACUUUUGGUGCUGGCAUGUUUAAAAUGGACUCGAUUAGAGGUGGUUCUCCGUACGGUGCUGGAGUCUUUGCAGGUGAUGGCACAAGAGAGGCAAGUGAAACCGAGCUGGCCCUUGCCGAGCAUCAGGGCAAGUACAUGGCUGCUAUACUCAAGCGGCUAGCUAUAACCUGA